GUAUAAAUACUUGUGUGGCGUUUCUUUGACGUGACACUCCCCCAUAGUCGAUGGGAGGCCGACGUCACCCUGCCAGCGCAGGAGUGGAUGGCCUCUGUAAUAAAAAUACAUGAAGAGAAUUGAGGAAAAGGAGAAGAUUGGCCGGGGGAAAAAACGGCGAAAAACACGGCGGUUAUUCCUUUCUUGUCAGCCCGCUACCCAGCUGUGGACGUGAACGCCUCUUAACACAAACUAGGAUAUCUCCGCUGCGGCAUCGAGGGCUCCGGCUUAAAUGCGAUGUUAUGUGUGGCUUUCUUGGUUUUUUAAGCAGACAGAGGGAGAUAACUGUACUGUAUCCCAGCCUAGCGGAUUGGAGUGAAAGUCCGCCAUAUUCUGCCUUACCACGCCCGGGAGUCGAGCCAUUGGAAAAUAAACCGACAGCUUUACUCAUGUGUUUUUUAGAUUGCCCACACCCGCGGACGAUAACUUGAACACAAGGGAUUUUGUUGAUUGAAAAAUAACAACAUUGAAGACUUUGAAGAGACUGUGGCCGGGCACGGAUGGCAACGCUUAACGAGAUCACACAGAGCAGUACGGAGGAUGUGUCUUAAAAGGAUCUGUUGAUCGUAUUGAGAAGGAAAAGCAGAUUACACCAAUUAAGAUUGCAGUGAUAUUCAACUCAAACCGCUUUGGACACUAUUUUGAAGCGGUCGGGAGGCCGUGAAAGCGAACCAAAACAGGGGGAGGGGGGGUCAGUAAUUUCUCAAAUAUCUAAUAUUCCUCUUCCAGCACAAUCUGUGCGCUGUUCACACUCGUUAUAAGGGCGUCCACGCGUUAUUUCACCACCACCAGGCCUGUAUGAGGACGUUAUUUGGCAUUCACAGGCCUGUUUUUUUUCUUUCUACUCCGGCGAAUCUGACAUCUGAAUGAAUCAGUAAAAGGAGGAAAAAAUCAGGAAAGUGUGUGUGGGUUUUUUUUUUGGUCUAAAGGAGAGAGAAUGACCCUGGAAUCCAUAAUGGCGUGUUGCCUCAGCGAGGAGGCGAAAGAAGCCAGGCGGAUCAACGACGAGAUCGAAAGGCAGCUCCGCCGGGAUAAGAGGGACGCACGGCGUGAACUGAAACUGUUGCUUCUCGGCACUGGGGAAAGUGGAAAGAGCACAUUCAUCAAACAGAUGAGGAUUAUCCACGGCGCCGGUUACUCAGACGAGGACAAAAGGGGUUUCACCAAACUGGUCUAUCAGAACAUCUUCACAGCCAUGCAGGCAAUGAUCCGCGCCAUGGAGACGCUCAAGAUCCCCUACAAAUAUGAGCACAACAAGGCUAACGCCAAUGUCGUAAGAGAGGUGGAUGUAGAGAAGGUCAGCACGUUCGAGAAUCCUUAUGUAGACGCAAUCAAGAGCUUAUGGAAUGACCCGGGCAUCCAGGAGUGCUACGACCGAAGGAGGGAAUACCAGCUAUCAGACUCCACUAAAUAUUACCUGAACGCGUUGGACCGGAUCGCCGAGCCAGCCUACCUUCCCACCCAGCAGGAUGUGUUGAGGGUUCGAGUCCCCACCACGGGCAUCAUUGAAUAUCCAUUUGACCUGCAGAGCGUCAUAUUCAGGAUGGUGGAUGUUGGAGGUCAGAGGUCGGAGAGGAGGAAGUGGAUCCACUGCUUUGAGAACGUCACAUCCAUCAUGUUCCUGGUAGCCCUCAGCGAGUACGACCAGGUUUUGGUGGAAUCAGACAAUGAGAACCGGAUGGAAGAGAGUAAAGCUCUGUUUAGGACAAUAAUCACGUACCCCUGGUUCCAGAACUCCUCAGUCAUCCUCUUCCUCAACAAGAAGGAUCUGUUGGAAGAGAAGAUCAUGUACUCUCAUCUGGUUGACUACUUUCCAGAGUAUGAUGGUCCCCAGAGGGAUGCCCAAGCAGGGCGAGAGUUUAUCCUCAAGAUGUUUGUGGACCUGAACCCAGACAGCGAUAAGAUCAUCUACUCUCACUUCACCUGUGCCACCGACACAGAGAACAUCCGUUUCGUCUUUGCGGCUGUCAAAGACACCAUCCUGCAGCUCAACCUUAAGGAGUACAACCUGGUGUAGAGCGGAGCAGGGCUGCCAGCAGGGGGCCCUCAACACACACUGACUGACGUAAUCUGUGAAAAGAUACACCAUAUACACACACGAAAAGAAAAUCAGAGAAAAAAAAAAUCUAAUGGUUGCAUAAUACUAAUUUAUUUGCCAUUUGUUGAUCUCUUGGUCACCAAGGGGUGAGCAACAUUAAUGUUAUCUUGCUAUUUAAGGAGUUAAUGAAAUAUGGGGGCGUGGGGGACGAGAUAUUUGGAAGGGUUGGGUAGGAAUUUACUGUUGGAUAUGUACAGCGACUAUCCUCAUUUCUAGGCUUUGCGCAUUGUGAAGUUUUUUGUUUUUUUCUUUGUUUAGUUUUUUGACAGAAAGAAAGAAACUACUUUGUGCACUCGAGGUCUGGGGGCUUGUUUCUUUCGUCAGUCUGAUACGUCAGAGCUGGAACGAAUACAGUGUGCUCCCUACCUCCUGCCUUUUUAUAAACAAGAAGAAGAAAAAUAAGAAGGUUUUCAUUCCUUCUUUUUGCCCUCGCUCCUUACCUGUCGGUUCAUUCUGAAGCUUCGUCCUUCGCCCAAUAGGAAGUGAUGUAACAGACCUCCAGUUGACAGCUUGAACUUUUUCCUUCAAAGGACUGAUUGGCUUGUCUCUUGAUAAAUAGGCAUAAACUGUGAUUUUUUUAAAAAAAAAAACAACAACAAUUAUUUCAUACUGAUUUAGUAUUGACUCAUUAUUAUUAUUAUUAUUUUUAUCAUUAUUAUUAUUAUUAUUAUUAAUAAUAUUGUUCUUACAUUGCACUGACUUUGGUUCCAUCCAUUAAUUAGAGCAUUUGUGACAGUAUAGAGUCCAUUCCCAGUAUUUUUUUUGUGUGGGGGGGGUAGUGUCAUUUGAGUGAGAGUCAUGUAGCAAACAUUGACAUAACCAUUUAAGUUGAGAAGUGUGAGAAAAAUUGGCUUUAAAAACGCUGUCAGAGGUUUGCGCCGAGGGGGCGAGGAAGCACACAAGGAGACUUCAGCUCUGUCAUGAAAACCAUGAUGGUGCUGGUUGCUUUACACAGAGUGAAGCGGGUAAUAAUUUCUGAGUCAGUGUUGAUAAUGAUUAAGUUCAACUGUGCUACAUUAACACUUUUUGUUAUGGUAAUAUGUUUAUUAAUUGCCAAUGCCAAAACAACUCCACUUGGCACUGUUUACUGAAAGUGUUGAGGACGGGAAAGCCAGCAGGGCUAUCGGACGCAGAAUUGGACCGACCGACUUGACCGACUGACUUACCAAUUAACCAACUGAUUCCUGCAGUUUUUGAAGUAUUCAGCAGCGGUAUCCACCCCUCUCACCCCCACAUACACACACACAUAGACACACACAAAGCUUGGACUGACUUAAGCUAAAGUUAAUUAGCAGGCUGUCAGAGUAGGUGCCACGUGGUGCACCAAACUGCUCAAACCGUUCAAUCACAACCUUGCGCGUGGCUGUAAACUCCUUCCCUCUAGCCUGCAGACUAUCCAGUCACAUUUUAGCUAUGUCUUUAAAACUGUCCAAUCACAGCCCGACUGUCUUGACUGUUCAGUAGCGGUGGAGGAUACAUUCUCAUUCCUACAUGAAAGGGCAGAGUGGUGAUGUUAAGUCUGUACCAAAGUAAGCCCUUCUUGUUUCCGAUUGGCACCUCUGAUUUGCGAAUUCCUCAUUCCCAAGUUACUUUAAGUAUUUUUUGUAACAAUUCUUGAGAACAUAAGCCUGUAAUUUACAUUUAUUGAGGCAUAGUGCAAUUAUGAAUGCUAUAAUCAUUGUACAUACAUCUCUCUAUAUAUAUGGCAGCAUCUCUGUUGGCUUUGUAAUCAUUACUUUUUUGGCAGAUUGAAUGUGCGGUAUUGAAAAUAUGUAUCUAUGUAAUUGUAUUGUAUGUCUAAUGGCUAAUUCAUUUUUGUAAGAAAAAAAAAUCUGUUAUUUACGUGUUGGUUUUUGUUUCCUUUUUUUUUUUAAGAGGAGAAUGUAAAUUUUGUGUUUUGCCAGUUUUAUCUCUCAGCAAAGAAACAUGGUUCAGCUUCAAAACUGCAUAAAGAAGAACAUUAUUAUUAUCCAAUAACAGACUGAUCAGUAUGCCAGUUCUUACAGUAGCCUGCAGUCUGUUAAAUUGACUUUUAUAUGAAAAACUGCAGACUGAAUCCAAUCUAUAGGGCUAAUUGUAAUAGUUUAGUUCUUCACUGGCUUCAGGAACAGAGCACUUGUCACAUAGGUGUAAUCACGUCACUCAUCGCUUCCUAUUCUUUUACAUUUCAUUAUUACACAGCUUCUCAAUUAGUAUUGAUUAACUCUGAGAUUUCUUCAUCUACAGCACCCCCUAAAGUUAGGACAAGGUGGAUGGCAGGUGGAUUGUGUUGCUUUGGCUCAGAUUUUGUGUGAAAGGAGGUGUAAGUUUCUGAUUGUUUGUGCCAUCCCCCUUUAAACCCCCACCCCAAUGGACCUCCACCCUGAUGGAAUGUCCAUAUUGUAGAGUCUGUCUGUCAGUCAGUCAGUCAGUGACCCACCAUGUGCAGAAAUUUGACUCAACACUUUGGCCUCAUUGGGUUGGUACAUCUCUAGGUGCUUUCUCUCUUUUUUUUUUUUUUUUUUUAUUUUACUGCAUUUCCAUCUUCGUUGCCACCAUUUCAUUAUUUAGAAUGUACAGUAUUAUUUUAGACUUUAUUUAUAAAAGGACGGCAUAAGAGAAAAUACACAACAGUUCACGUGUACAUAUUGCCUUAUUGAAUAAGCUGUGCCUCGGAAGUCUCAUGCAAGGCACAUGUGUUCUUAUGAGAAGCGAAGCUAGUGCAGCCGAUAACGUCCCUUUGUGCAUCAGGAGGAUUGUUUGGUGGUCUCUUUGUUAUUCCGUGCUAAACGACCUGGGAACAGCUUUGAGGUGUAGCUCAUUUAGCUAGUGUGACAUCAUUACAGGACGUUAUAAGCACAUCAUGAGUGAAUUGUAAUCAGAACACACUUUGUACUGAUUUGUUGUCACAUCAGAUUCAUGUCUUAAAAAUCCAUGCCGCGGUGCAUUAUGAUGCAUUGAACUGCCUGAUGUGCUUGAAAAUUUCACACAAUCUGGACUCCAAAUCAUCAGCAGCCACCUGCAGAGUGUUUUGGCGACAUUUGGUUGUGGUUUGACAUCUGCCGGCCACUUUGGCAGGUGACCAGUCCCCAGUUGGCGGUCCUGUUGUCUAAAGAUAUUUCAGCUGGCCAGUGAAACUGCAUACAAGGAAGGUUGAUUCUGGCAAGCAACAACCCCUUAAACAAGUAAAUUUCCAGUCCUGUUCACAUUGUACUUGAAGUAAAUGAAGAUCUGUAAAAACAGUCCCUGAGAGCAGGGCUUAAUAGAAACGACUGCGGGCCAACUGGUUUCACCAAAUGCUAUAAUGGUGUUAAUGUGACUGUGCUUGGAGCCACAGGAGAUGUUUGAAAGACACAGUUUCAACCUACCAGUGUUGAUUCCAUUGUUGUAGAGUUGCAUUAAUCAGUAACUUGCGUCCCUGCUGUGGUAAAGUGGCUAUUUACACUGCCCCUGUUACUUAAAGGGAAAAUCCUUGUUUAAACAAUUCACAUAGUGCAUUCGGCCCACUGAGCAGAGACCGUCUGUCCAAGUUUGUGAGCCUCGAGAAGUAAUUAAAUGUCAAAACCUUGAGCAUGUCAAAUGAUAGAGAAUCUAAGGUUAAAGUUUACCUUUUUUACUAUAGUCUACUGGUGAAGAUGUUAAUUAUAAUGUGGUUUUGGCUGGUAAAAAGGAGCUACAACCUCUCACAGCUUUAUGAGUGACUUGUUCAUGUUCCCAUCGUUACUCUGAGGGAGAACGUGUGGGUUCUAUAAGGCUGGAUUUUCCCUUUAAGAGAGCACAGACUCCAGCUGGUGUUGACUCACUGACACCCAUGAGUUGGAAACCUGUGCUGCUGUUCAAAUUUCUUGCGAUAUAUUCAAGAGCGGUUCAGUGUUACAUGCAGUAUAUCGAGAAGUACAUUAUGUAAAGCCGCAGGGUUGACUUUGGGGAAAACAACAUAGUUUAGCAUACUUUUGGGUUUCUCUGCCUCCAAAUCAAAAAGAUUUGACAUUUAUUGACUCAUUUUGAAAUAGUGUUACUAUGAUGAUCUCCGGUCAUAAUUGUGUAAAAUGUUUCCUGUAUCCAUAAACUCGCACUCCUUCAACAUGUUUCUGAAUGAAGUUUCUUUUCAAAAGUA